AUGGUGCGAAAGCUUAGAUACCAUGAGAGGAAACUUCUUAAGAAAUUUGACUUCAUUAAUUGGUCUGCAGACAAAAAUCUUAAUGAAUUGAAGGUAAUGAAAAGAUAUUACAUUCAAAAACGAGAGGAUUAUACAUUCAGGUACAACAAGCUUUCACGACGCAUACGUGAAAUUGCAAACAAACUGAAGGAUAUUGAUGGGAAAGACGUAUGGCGAGCGGAAAUGACCAAAAUGCUUUUGAGCAAAUUGCAUAAUCUUGGCUUGGUUCCAACAAAAUCCUCACUUAUUCUGGCUUCCAAGGUUAGCGCGUCGUCAUUCUGCAGAAGACGGCUUCCAGUUGUGAUGGUUCGCGCUCGCAUGGCUGAAACUCUCAAAGCUGCUGUAACUUUUGUUGAGCAAGGCCACGUCAGAGUCGGACCAGAUACCAUACGCGAUCCUGCGUUCCUUGUGACCCGACCUAUGGAGGACUACAUCACCUGGGCUCCUGGCUCGAAAAUCAAGAAAAAACUCCAGGAAUAUAACGGAAUACUGGAUGAUUUCGAUUACGAAUGA